ACGCCAGAAGGAUACAAAAUAAAUCCACACAAAUCAGAGUCGCAUUAAAUAUAGUUGUCUUCGGUUUGGUCGAGGAAGUAGCAGGGGCCGGAAGGCAGGCGGCUGGGGUAUCAUUAGUUGACCAUGGCGUCACUAGUAGAUGAGGAUGAUGAUCGUGAGAUGGCCGGCUCGCAAGAUGGAAGCUCCGAUAACGAAGACGAGCAGAUGAGGGACGCCGACGAUGGUGAUGGAGAUAACGAGCCAGAUCAGGAUGUUGACCAAGAACAAGACGCCGACAGCCCCUCCAACAAUAGCCAGACAUCGGAUGGCGGUCCUGGAGGCGCAUCACAACAAGACUCUAACCUAACUGUCCCCGCAGACUCUCUGGCGAUCUUCCGCCCAAGUGUUCGACCGGAAUACCUUACAGCGGAAACAUAUGAUAUCGUACCAACCACAGCUGCCCCUCAAAGUACGUCUAUAAAUACCGUGACAGCUACGGCAGAUAUGCGAUGGGUUUUCAGUGGAGGAUCUGAUGGGUAUAUCAGGAAAUAUAAUUGGGCGGAUUCUAUCAAUGGCAAAUUAAUGUUGACGGUGGCUCAACGGCAUCCAUUUGUGGAUAGCGUCGUCAAGGCCGGCGUUCUUAUGAAUUACUGGGAAAAUAUGGAUGGGAAUGUGCUAUCACCAGUAUACUCUCUUGCAGUUCAGAGCGAAGCUCUUUGGCUGCUGUCCGGUUUAGAGUCUGGGAAUAUUCGCCUGCAGUCAGUGCGUCAUGAAGAGGGUCGAGAAAUAGCUCUCCUGAAACAGCAUACCUCAGCUGUUUCAGUGCUGAAUAUCACGCGUGAUGAGCAAUCGCUUCUCUCAGGCAGUUGGGACAAACAAGUUGUGGAGUGGGAUCUUAAUGUAGGAAAGGCCAAAAAUAUCUUCGGACCCGGUGCUAGUCAAAUUUCUGCAAUAGAAAUCCGACCAGAGUCUAGUCUUCCCAUCCCACGCGAUACCACGGAGGUCCAGCAUAGUGGGACAUUCUCGUCAAACAAUCAAUCGUCGUCAUUCGGCUUAGUCAAUGGCUCAGCCCAAAAUGAACAAACAGGCGAUGACACCAAUCCACAGGCAGCGUCUCCUGCGGAUUCUCUCUUCGGUGGUCCUGACUCUCUAUUCGGAGACACAGAUGGCAACAUUGCAGACGGUGGAGCACCGUCCGGCGAUGCAGGGAACAUUGAUGAGGACGCGUUGUUUGGAGGAUCAUUAGAAAUGAAUAAUAUUCCACAUCCAGAGCAAGACGCACAAAGAGAACCAGACAACGCUAACCAGCCAAAUGGAAAAGACACACAAUCAACGGCGCCCAUGGAUACAGAAGCCGAUCCCACAAGCAGUUCUUUCCAGACAGCACCACAAACUACUGAGCAGGCCGCGCCUGCUAUCGAACCAGUAACGAACGGCUUGCCCCAUGCAGAAAUCACCGAGCCUCCGUCGGCUACACAGGAGCCUGAAACUUUAGAAAAUUCGUCCCAAAUAACAUCGGACACAACCUUCCUUGCUGCUUCGAUUGAGGGUACAAUUCGCAUUUGGGACAGGCGGCAGCCGAAUCCUGUCGCACGUAUUAGUCCUCGGAAUGUCCCACCUUGGUGCAUGAACGCCUGCUGGUCCCCGGAUGGGAACUACAUCUAUGCAGGGCGUCGUAAUGGCACAGUUGAAGAAUUCAGCUUACACAAAGGCUUUAGAGAGCCUGAGCGGGUCUUUAGGCUUCCCCAGGUGGGUGGAGCAGUAACUGCAGUCAAGGCAAUGCCCAACGGGCGACAUCUUCUAUGUGCUUCGCACGAUAUUCUUCGCCUGUACGACCUGAAAGAGCAGUCAUAUAAACACUCGGCUGUCCCUUUCCUAGUCAUCCCCGGCCAUCGGACAGGCGUCAUCUCGCAAUUAUAUGUUGACCCUACUUGCCGGUUUAUGCUGUCCGCAAGUGGCAACCGCGGCUGGGAAGGUAAUACCACAGAAGUUCUUUUGGGAUAUGAGAUCAAUGUAUAAAAAUUAUCUCUGGGGCGAUUCAUUUAUUGGCCUUAUUCUCCGUGGCACUGUUGGUAAUUUACGAUGCUAGAAGAACGAUAUUCUCUUUGGAUAGAUUAUGCCGUUCUACGUGUGUAUUAUGAACUGGGAAUUCUGGGGCAUUUUGAUCGGGCACUUAUAAAACGAAUCAUUACGACCAGCUUAUACAAGGCAAUUUUGAAAGACC